AUCAGCUGACCUCUCUCUCUCUCUCUCUCUCUCUCUCUCUCUCUCAUGAUGACAGUCCCGUCUCUCCGUCCGGACCGCCAGCUGUGAACCCGGAUGAUCAACACCUGAGCCCGUCUGGUCUGUGCUCACCUGCUCACCGCACCUCGAGGGGAAACAUCAGAGGGAGCCAGAUCGGGAGGAGCAGCCUGAAGACACCAUGCCCCCCAAGUUUAAACGACACCUCAAUGACGACGAGGUCACGGGAUCCGUUCGCAGCGAGAGGAGGAACCUACUGGAGGAGGACUCUGAUGAGGAGGAAGACUUCUUUCUGCGAGGACCCACAGGACCCAGAUUUGGACCUCAGAAUGACAAAUUCAAGCAGGUGCAGUCGCAGGUGGACGAGGUGAUCGAUGUGAUGCAGGAGAACAUCUCCAAGGUGAUAGAGAGGGGCGAACGGCUCGACGACCUGCAGGACAAGUCAGAGAGCCUAUCGGACAACGCGUCCGCCUUCAGUAGCCGAGCCAAACAGCUGCACAGGAGGAUGUGGUGGAGAGACAUGAAGAUGAAGAUGAUUAUCGCCUUGGUAGUUGUUGCCCUCCUGCUCAUUAUCAUCAUUCCAGUCAUCCUGCGAUAUCGCUAGUGUCUGACGAGGAGGAUGAGGGAAGAAUUGUCCUCUUUCUCCAUCUCUUUCUCUCUCUCUUUCUUUCUCUUUCUCUCUCUUCUUUGCACACAGUCCUCCACUCCAGCUAGGGGGCGCCAGCCAGCCUCCCACACCCCUCCCUCAGUGUACCCCUCAAGGGAUAUGGCCUCAAUUUGCUUAUCAUUUGUAUUUUCAAAUAAUCUGCAGUGAGAUUAGCACUCAGGCUCAAGGUUUGAUCCCUGGUUUGAGAGUAAGAUACAGAAAGGUGAUGGGGGAGACUUGUGGAGAUAUUUUAAAGCAGUUUGGUAGAAACCGUUGACUCUCAGCCCCUCUAGUCAAAGUGAAGGAGUGCUCCAUGACACAUAUCACACAUAGGGAACCUCCUGCAUAUUGCAUUGCAUCGAUAGUUUACUGUAAAGGCAGAAGGAUCUAUCUCUUAGUUGAGCUGGUCUGAAUCUGCUGCCUCGCAUAAAGGGGUGCUUUUAACAUUCAGCGAAUGAACCUCAGAUGUCUACCCAUAAUUCCUUGUGUGAGAGCGUUUAUAGGGAACACAAGCACAUUUCACCGUUCGACACGAGAACAUCUGAGGCUCAUCUGCGCAGUCAAAGCGCGGCUUCUUUUUAAUCAUUCUGGCAAGGAAAGUUAUUCCACUUCAUCAGGUCUGUGUAUCAGUGCAGAUGAUCGAGAAAAAAAAAAAAAAAGGGAAUAUUGAAUAUUAUCCUAUUCCAUAAAUCACCGCUUUUCCAUUUCCAUCUGCCUCUUGAUAGCUUGUUAUACUGUACAGAAGGACCGCGUCAAACCGAAACAUCCAGGUCAUGAAUGUCUCCUCGGCCUUUUCUGCGAUCCAAGCCGCUCACCUUCCUCCCGGGGCUCAUCGAGCUCUGGGGCCCGCCUGGUCGCGGCCGUGCUGCUUUCCUGCUCGUGACAUUAAACUCUCACUCUGCAGAUGGUUCUGUUUGGUUUUAAAGCUUCUUCAUGUCUUUCAUUUCACCAUUUUCUUAUUUUUUGCCGAUGCUUGUAUGAAUGCUGUUACAUGACUUGUAGGCAGGGGGUAAUUUAAGAGAUGCAAGUUGAACGUUGCGCUGUGAAAUAAACUUAGGUGUCAUUGUGUCUGGAUUAAUUAACUGUAUAAUACAUUUAAAAACUCUACAUUGUCAUUUUAUUAUUUUUUGAUGUAAUUUAUUUUAGCUGUAAAUAUUGAUUCUGUAAUGAUGUACAAUACUCUUGGCAUUGCAUUGGAAGACUGUGAUAUACUGAUAUUGCUCUGGAAUAAAGUGAUUUUAA